AUGGCAAACGAACCAGAACCAACAGACCUUGAUUGGGUUCAACUCCGCCGAGAUAUGGGAAACAUGCAUCAUGUUGAGACAAACAAAGAGAAAUUUAUUCGAAAAUUUAGUGAAAAUCCGUUCGUUCCUAUAGGUUGCCUGGCUACAGCAGGAGCACUGACCUAUGGUUUAUGGUGCUUUAGGAAUGGUAAAUCUAAAUUAUCUCAGAAAAUGAUGCGACUGCGAAUUGUUGCACAAGGUUCCCGCCUUGCCAUGGCCGAGGGACUUAGUAGCCGGGGCUUGGUCGCCCACGGUGCAGGAGGAACCCAAACUGAGCUGGCUUGUGGUGUAUGGCAGUGGGGGGAGAAUAGUGUCGGUAUUAAGAUACGCAGUUCUCCUUACCCCCUGCAGCCGAAAAUUGGCGAA